GUGAUGCAUCUUGUCUUUAGAAUAAUUCAGGAUUCCAGAUCCAGGAGUAUUUUUUGUUGGAGGAGAGGUAGCAGACAAUGUGCAUUCUAACUCUCAACUAAAUCAACACAGAAAAAAAGACACAUCUUAUUGGCUUCUUUUACCUCGCAACACUGUAUACACUUAGUGAUCUGAUAAGGAGUACCAUGUAGUCAUCUCUUCAGUUAAAUGUCAUGUUGUGUUCAUUUAAAUGUCCAGAUGAGGAAGUUUAAAAAGCACUUGCAUCAACAUCCAUGUGCUUGCACAAACAAAUGCUGCUUUGAAUUUCUAAUUUACAUUCAGCCAUCAUCUAUCGACGUGUAGGAAUAAACUGACCCCCACAAUGUAAAGAUUGCACUGUCAUUGUCCUUAACGGAAGCACAGGGGCGCAGUGCAGGGGACACACACACACACACACACACACACACACACACACACACACACACACACACACACACACACACACACACACACACACACACACACACACACACACCUCUGUUUACCAAGGGAUCGAAGCAUGUUAGACAAAUCAAAUUUGUUUAAAUAAACAAGAACUUCCAUAAACGCUGUGGAAUGUGUUGCUAUAUCUAUAGAACUACUGAGUAAUAGUUGGGUUGUGUCUUGCAGCUUGUGUUUGCAUGUGGCCAUGAGCUGCCCAACUCUAUGGUCAGUGUCAGAUUCUUCUCACUGCUGUUACUUCAGCUGGCCCGGAUUUCUGCUAACCUCCCACAUGACCUCAGGUCAUCUCCUUCUUAGCUGCAGAAUGAGUCACUGCUGAUACUUUGAAUGUGUUUGCACUCCAUGGUUGCAGGGCUACACUCCGCCAUUUACACCUAAGGAUACACUGGAAAUAGCUGCACACAACAGCCACAUAACUGGUUUGGCGCGGCGCUAUUCUCAUUAUCAUUAGCUGUUCGUGUUGUGUGUCAAAACACAGAUGGAAUUAGUUCUAUCGAGGAAAAGUUAUUUCGGAAUAAUUAUCUUUAUCGGUUUAUCCCCCAGCCCUCAUCCGGAGUCAGUUACAUUUUUAGAACAUCCUUGGAGUGGGAUAGGUCCACAACAUUUACCGAACAGUUCAAAUGUGAUUGCUGGACCUGUUUCUCUUUCGCAAGACUGGUUUUCCAGGUUUUGGUCAGUGCACGUCUCCUCAGGAUGUGACAGUUUGUAGAAGAGGAGCAGAGAGAGGUUUUUACUUACAGCUCAGAGGUUGUCAUGACGUCGCAGCUCAAUGAUUUGGGAUAGGAGGUUGUUCGACAACUGGUUCCACGUUAAACAGCUUAAAAAGUCUGGUUGUCCUGCUGCCCAGAAGAAUUUCCGCCUGCAACCCUCACCUUCAGCAGCAAGUCAAUACCUCACAGAGCAGUGACAAGUGCGUCAUCAUUGCGCUCCUGGUUUGAUUCACCUCCAGCAAGGACUUCAUCUGUGAAGAUGAAGUUAAAGGAGGACAUGAACCCCCUGCUACUGCAGGUGUUCCGCUCUGUUGUCUGGGUCUACUCUGUCAUCACCUUCAUACCCUGGUACUUCUUCUCCGGAGCUGGCAAUAAUUUGGAACAGGCACGCCGUAUGAAGGCGCGCUCAGUGAGCAGAAACCCAGCGGGUCCCUACAGGGCCAUCAACAGCCAAGAGAAGCUGGUAGCAUCGCUGCACCCUGGGGUGGACACCCUGGACAAAAUGUUUGAACACGCUGCAAGGAGGUUUCCACAGAGAGACUGUCUGGGCACCAGGGAGGUGCUCAGUGAGGAGGACGAGAUCCAGCGUAACGGGAAGAUCUUCAAGAAGGUAAUCCUGGGCAACUAUAACUGGCUAUCGUACGAAGAAACCUACCAGGCCUCAAAGUGUUUUGGCAGCGGCCUUGCGUCUCUCGGCCAGAGGCCUCAGUGUAAGAUCGCCAUCUUCUGUGAGACCAGAGCAGAGUGGGUGGUGGCAGCACAAGCCUGCUUCAUGUACAAUUUCCCACUUGUGACGCUGUACUCCACCCUUGGACCCACGGCUAUCGCCCACGGCCUGAAUGAGACAGAGGUGACGCAUAUCAUCACAAGCAAAGACCUGCUUCACAGCCGACUUAAGGCCAUACUGUGUGAUGUGCCGAGGCUGCAGUACGUCAUUGUAGUGGACAGUAAACCCACAAGCUGGCCCGACAUCCCCAGAGGCAUCAUGGUCUACAACAUGGAUGCUGUGAAGGAGAUGGGAUCCAAGCCUGACAAUAUGGCUGUCGGGCGCAGACAGCCACUGUCCUCAGACAUCGCUGUCAUCAUGUACACCAGCGGCUCCACAGGCAUCCCCAAGGGUGUCAUGAUCUCCCAUGGCAACAUCAUUGCUGGUAUCACUGGGAUGGCUGAGAGAAUUCCUAACCUCAAUGAGACAGACACCUACAUUGGCUACCUGCCGUUGGCCCACGUUUUAGAGCUCAGCGCUGAACUGGUGUGCAUCUCUCAUGGCUGUCGCAUCGGUUACUCCUCCCCUCAGACUCUGGCCGACCAGUCCACCAAGAUAAAGAAGGGCAGUAAAGGAGAUACCAGUGUGCUAAAACCUACUCUCAUGGCCGCUGUACCAGAGAUCAUGGAUCGGAUCUACAAGAAUGUGAUGACCAAAGUGGAGGAGAUGAGCAAGUUCCAGAAGACGCUCUUUGUGCUGGCUUACAACUACAAGAUGGAGCAGAUCUCCAAAGGCUACACCACGCCUCUCUGUGACAGUCUAGUGUUCAAACGGGUGCGUUCGCUGUUGGGAGGCAACACGCGGGUGCUGCUGUCUGGCGGAGCGCCGCUCUCAGCUGCCACACAGCGCUUCAUGAACAUCUGCCUGUGCUGCCCUGUGGGGCAAGGCUACGGCCUGACGGAGACCUGUGGUGCCGGCACUAUCAGCGAGGUUUGGGACUACAGCACAGGACGGGUUGGUGCUCCACUCAUUUGUUCAGAGUUCACACUUAAGGACUGGCAGGAGGGUGGUUACUUCAGCACAGAUAAGCCCAACCCGCGGGGGGAGAUCUUGAUCGGCGGGCCCAAUGUAACGAUGGGUUACUACAAAAACGAAGCCAAGAACCGUGAUGACUUUUUCGUGGAUGAGAAGGGCCAGAGAUGGUUCUGCACUGGAGACAUCGGGGAGUUCCACUCGGACGGAUGCCUCAAGAUCAUCGAUCGUAAAAAGGACCUGGUGAAGUUGCAGGCAGGCGAGUACGUGUCUCUUGGGAAAGUGGAGGCUGUUUUGAAGAACUGUUCUCUCAUUGACAACAUCUGUGCCUAUGCCAACAGUGACCACUCGUAUGUGAUCAGCUUUGUGGUGCCGAACCACAAGCAGCUAAUGGCGCUGGCGGAGCAGAUGCAGUUGCGGGGCACAUGGGAGGAGCUCUGCAACAACUCACAGAUGGAGGAAAAGGUCCUUCGCAUAAUUACUGAAGCUGCUAUCUCAGCAAAACUGGAGCGAUUUGAGAUCCCCAAGAAGAUCCGGCUGAGUUCUGAGCCCUGGACUCCAGAGACUGGCUUGGUGACCGACGCGUUCAAACUGAAACGCAAGGAGAUCAAAACGCAUUACCUGGAAGACAUUGAGAGAAUGUACGGUGGAAAAUAACACACAGACCCACACACAAACACAUUUACACAUGUACUCGCACACAUACCCAAGGAACUCAGAGGCCUCUACCAGGACAACGUGGAGAGGAGCUAGUUAGAACAGGUAACACACACACAUUAAUACAGACACAAAGAGCGUCUCAUACUCCUCCUCCUCGGCUUCCCUGCGACCAGCUUUGAUCAAAACAGGGGAAUUUGCUCUUGAAUCCGACUUAAUGCUUUCUGCGACGACCAAAAGGCAAGAAGGUCCCUCGCAGACAACGGAACGGAGCCAGACGCACACGAUGCAACGCACUCACCACUCCUCUUUGAUGGAUUUUUUUUUUUAUCCCCUCCGAGUUGCCAUGACAACCGAGGCGGCACACAAAGUUUGAUGUCUGCAUGACUCGGAGCGAAACAAAUGUCAGGCUAGACGAAUCUGGAUCAGUGUCAGCACGCUCCCCUCCCUCGCCCCCUCUUCUCCUAUCUCUGCUGCUUCUCUUCCUUCCUCCCCCUUCUCUCUGGAGCCUUCCACCACUUCAGCAUGGUGGUGGACUUGCAGUGCAGACACCUGGCAGAAGAAAUGAAUAGAAGGAUCCUUCCUGGGCUUUGAAUUCAUAUUCAGGUUGGAAUCUAUGCAGGGAUCCCUAUCAUCUUAUUUUUUUUAAAUAUGUGUUGCUAAGUUUCCCACAUGUUUGGUUUUCAGCUUUGAAACAUGUUCCAUUAGUUUUUUGUUGUUGUAUGUGACGAGUCUGUGUUGUAAAGCCAUGAGAGAUUGAGCUAUGAAGAUGUUUUAAAAUACUUUUUUCAUUCUGUUAUUUUAUUGUUUUAUUACGAGUGUUUAUUUUACCUCUGGUUUUUGUUGACAUUUUAUUUUAAAGAGCUUUGUUUGUAAGCUUACUUCCUCCCUUUAUUUGCUCAUGUCCCAAAGUUUGUACAUUCGAGUGUGUGUUUACUGACUUGACUCCAGUCCUCAACCCCCUCUGAUCUCGCCCUUUGCAGCAGGGUCCAACAUUAACAGUGUCGGCAUCCUUUGGCAUUUUUUUCAAUUUCUACUAUUUUGGCCCAAAUUUAAAUAUUCUCCAUAUCGGAGCAGCGCCCCCUACUGGAUGCCUCCCAACCUAAGUCUUUUGGGCUAUUCUUUUGGCAUCAUUGAUCCCGUUCAGACCUUCAGGUAUUAACAUCCGUCCUGAGUGAUCCAAUCACACGUGGACAGUGUUGAGCACAGGUGGGAAUGUGCCCAAAAUGCAUCCUCAACACAUCCUCAGAUCCAAUCACUCACGUUUGCAGGUGUUCUCGGAAGCGUGUGACCUCGUUCUUUUCGCUGUGUGAAUGCAAUUGCGUCCUGGGCCACAUACGAAGGAUCGCCUGGCGCCUACUCAGCUGACGUCCUCUGACGAGCUACGGUUUCACAAUUUAUCAAACAUGUUUUUAUGCUUCUCGGUGCCAUCAACACAUAAUUAUUGAUGCUUUUCUUGAAUGUUAAAAUCGCUGCACACUUUCAUUCAAUCAGCCCCUCGUGACUUCACUCCCUCUCUUUCUCUGACAAAAAAUUGUCAUCGGACACAUCUGUAAACAUAAACUGGGUAAAAACAUAAUUUGAUCUUUGGUAGCAGAGAUAACAUGCGUGUUUAUUUGCACAUAGAGUUGGGAAGUGAGAUUUGAUCACACGUGAUGACAGGAGUCACGUUGAGGACUCAUUUUAAAGUCGGGUGUGAACAGGCGUGUGAUCGGAUCACUCAGGACGGAUGUGAAUACCAGGUGUGAACAGGGUGAUUGAUGUGCAGGAGCCCUGCCGCAUCUGACCAAUGACCCAUGCAUCGGAGGGAUGUCUCUAAUAAGGCAACUCAGCCUACUACAGAAAGAUCUUUACAAUAGCAUUUCAUUCCCUGGUUCCUUUUUUUUAGUGCAGCCGUACAUGUUGCCCCUCUUGCCAUAGGUCUUUUAACUUUUGUUACUUUUAUCCCUUUUUUUUUUUUUAAACUUCUGAAUAUGAUAUACAAAAUGAAUGUGCAAUAUUUAUACACAAAAUGUAAAGUGUGUUGGAAGGAUAGUAAUGCACAGACAGCCGCCCCUCCAUAGUGUAUGAAUGUCUAAGCCUGUUACUGUCCACCUCAAUGCAUCGUGGGAAGUCUGUAGGAUACAAAUAAGCUGAGAAAUAUUAAAGGUGAGAACGGUAGAGACACUGAUAAGGAAGUCUCGAUGUUGCCCGUUUUAACGCACCAUGCUGAAAGAUGUGAUGUUCUUUCUUCUUUUUUUACAUGAAACUUGUAAAGUGAAAAAUUUUAACUUGGCAUUGUAGAAACCGCAUGAUGAAAUGUGUGCAUCCGUACCAAAGCACCUAAAUAUAUAUUUGCGAGAGACAGAAGCCGGAGAACGGCGCUCCGAAGGAAUCCCUCACUCCUUUAAUUAAUGGCGAGCAGACGCCGACCUGACCUCACCGAGUGCAGAUAACGUUUCUCUAGCUCCAAAUUAGUUUAUGUGUAUGAUACCGUAUGUGCAAUGUAUAGAAGAAGCUCUUGGAUUCUGUUAAUCGCCAUUUAUUUGAACCCAUGUAUAACGGACACAUUGAUUACUGUAGGUUUUUCGGAUUGAUAGUGAUACAGCGGCAUCAGUAGAAACUUGCUUCCGCAUCUCUUUGUUUUCUUUAGGUUUAUGGACACUAGAUUAAACUGUUCUGUCAGUGGUCAACGUCUUUCUUUCAGCUCCUUCUCUCAAUGCAAACUCUGAUUUGCUUGUACUGAGGACAGAUAGCAGGACACACUAGGUACUCAAAAUAGAACACUCACUAAAUUAUCUACUAGCUUAAGACACACCAAGUUAUUUUAGCAUGUAGAAAUUUGAAGAUUUAUGUUAAUGUAAAUAACAUCUCUCUCCUGGCGUUUCAGUGAAAAGUCAGAUUACUGUGCUGUUUGCUGCUUUUUCCUCUGCCCGGCCAGAGGUGGCUAGUUGCCUUCAGACACGUGAGCUAUCUCCAGGUGUUUUUUGAGAAUGUGAAGCACUCCCUGCGUUCCGUGGAUAGCACACACGCCGUGUCCCACUAUCUACACAUCCAUUUGAACUAACGGCAAAGCAAAGAGGGCGGGGGUGGGGUGGGAUGUGAAGAUGAAUUUCACCUCUCCCGUUUUCAUUUGCGAUGUAAAUAUGUCUCGAGGGGGUCGGGGGAUUGAUGAUCAAACUACCAAUAACUGUACAGGUGUAGAGCCUCCUGUUGACAUAUUUAAUAAUCUUUGUUACUGACAACAGCUUUGAGUCGCCUCCUCAUUUUGUGUGGUGAAGCAGCCCAGCGAGUCGGGCUAUUGCAAGUGUCUCCUUCCUUAUUUAUUUGUGAUUUGGCCUUGGAAAUUAUGUAAUGAAAUAAACUAAAAGGUUUGUGUUGUAA